UUCGUUCUUUUUCGCUCAGUCGUCAAUCAGACACUGCGGCAGAGAUACUGUCCUACCGAACUGUGUUUUCGGUCGUCGGUUCUAAUUAGUUAGGUCAGAUCGUUUAUCAGCUGUGAUAAAGGCGUUGAACGCAUUUGGUUCCAUCAUUUUUCUUCGUUGGUGAGUUCGUGUUAAUCACGACCCUUCUGAGAAGAGUAGAAGGAAAAUGCCGAGUGCGUGGUCGGCCGGUGAUAGCAACAGACAGCAGCAAUCGAAGAAUAAUGUUGCGUGCAACAUAAAACGCUAUAGUGUGAGGUUACCUUUGAUGUGGGGAAUCUAUGCGCUGGUUCUACUAAAGUUCGUGAUUCAACUGGUACCGGGCGUUCAUGGGUACGAUAGCAGUGAUUCCAGCACAUCGAUUGAAGAAACUAUUAUCAGGCAUGACAACCACUUGAACAACACUCACUACAAAACGCUAAGCGAAAAGCAAAUUAUUGGAAUGCAUCGACGGGCGAGCUACGACGAUGAUCUCAAAGCUACUUACAGCUCAGAUCCACGGUUCGAUAACCAUCCAUUUCACUGUUCGGCUUGCCAGUUUAGAAGUGUUUUUGCGAAAGCCUCGCUAAAAUCCAUCAAAGCGCAUGUGUUGCUAAAACUAGGAUUCGAGUAUCCGCCGAAUCAAACAAACUAUCCCAAGGUGCCGGAUGACAUCUUGCGAAAUUUUAACGAGAAAAUUAGUCACAGCCAACAGACGAGAAUGCGGGAGGCCGGAGAUCAGCAAUUUAUGGGAGACGAUCCGAACGUGUAUGACCAACCCGACGAGAUGGACGAAGAUUUUGAUUACUAUCAAAUUACCAAUAAAAUUUAUAUCUUACCAAAUCGAGUCGAACCAUUGCCAUAGAUCUCACACGCAACGUUCUCAUUUUUUAACAUAUUUUUAAAUAAUUGACAUGAUUGAUUUUUUUAUAUUUUCCAAUAAUUUCAACCUAUUCUCAGCAUGCAACGACUGAGUUUGAAGAAUAGAAACCUGCAUAAUUAUGCAAUUGUAUAGUUCACGCAUAUAAUAAUAAAAGUCAUACCCAUA